GCGGAGCAGUCCUGGUCCCCUGGAGUUAAAGGCGUGCACUACGUGCAGGUUCCUGGUGGGGAUUUCUGUCACUUCAUCAGAUGGACGUUCCCAUAAAUGAUCUGCUCUUCCAUUCAGCGUCAUCUCGAAGAGGUGCCAUGGCCACUGAAGUAGUCGAUGUGUGUAUCAGCAACUGCACUCAAUACGGUGGCCGAUUCCUGUGCAAGCUGUGCGUGGAUCGGAUCGUUGCGCUCGCUCUCAACAAGAAGCCCCUCCACGAGCUCGAGAACAAAGUGCGCUUUCUGCAGGCUUACGAGCCCGGCCCUCUCAGCGAAUCGUUCCGCGGCGAUGUCAGCUUCGUCGGAUGCGAUCUGGAGCCCGUCUUCGCUCAUCGUUUCAUUAUGGCGGGCAAGUCCUCAGUCUUUCGGAAGAUGUUCGAUAUCGAUAUGAAGGAGAAGGAGAGCGGCACAGUGCAAGUCGACGAUGCAGUGGCUCCUGUGCUGAGGUCCGUGGUGAAUUAUUGCUACACUGCAGAUAUUCUGUUCACGGAAGAGGCACCGGCGGAGGAAGUGCUGAAGCUUGCCCACAAAUAUGACAUCAACGAGUUGAAGGCAGUUUGCGAGAGCGAGCUUUCCAGAGGUAUCAACAACGAGAACCUGUGCAAUAGAUUAAGACUUGCACACAUAUAUGAUGCCAAGAAGCUGGAUGCAGUGGCAGCCAGGUUCUUCAAGGAAAAUUUCGAUGAUGUGUACACCAGAGUUGUAGAGAGAUUAUGUUAAGAUAAUCAGAUGUAGUUUAUAACAGAAUGUCUCGGUUUGGACCAGAUGUUUUCAUGGUUAACAGUCUCGGACGUUAUAUU